UCCAAAGUUUUGCCUGUAUUUUUGCAAAAGAAGACACAUUUAAAUUGAGACUAAUGUGUAGGGGUACUGUACUUCUUAAAAGGGGAGGGCAGAUUAAUGACUUUAUCUUAGUCAUGCUUUAGGAAUUUUACACUGUGCUUGUGUAACGGACUAGUUUUAAAUGUCAAAUUAGUUGCAAAUGUCAGUUAGGUCAUAAAUACCAUGACUGCAUUUUCCAAUGAGGGUUCAUAGGUUCAUUCUCUGACAGUUUUCUUCAGUAGGAUAUUGUAUUUAUAUUUGGUCGUCAGUUGCACAAGUUAUUGUCCUCUUUACUAUUUCAGUCUAAAGUUUUAACACUUGCUCAGGACGUCAUAUUCAAAAGCUGACUGGUUGUGAAAGACGGAACAACGAGGUCUUUGUGUUAGUACCCUGUGAGCUCUCUGACCAGUCUCGUAAUUAGCGUUCACCACAUCAUGCUAAUCUUCAAAUAAAAGGAUUUUCCACGGCAGGCUCCUUCUCAAAGGCCCCCUCUAUUUAGUGCUACAUUUUGUUUGAGAAACACACAUAGUUUGCCUGCUAUUAGGAGGUACAUAUAGAACCACUGUUCAGAUGAGAGUCUAGACAGAACCAGGAAGGAAGAAGCAGUUGGACUAUCAAACAUGAGUGGAGCUGUGCAGAAGAUCUACCACCUUGCUGCUUUUAGCUGGUAUGCAUUUGUCAUACAGUCACUUUACGCCAAAGGAGAUGAAGACCUUCCACCUGGGAUAUUUGUUUAUGGCGGUCCCUGGAAAUACCUGACAUUCUUAAACCUGAUUCUCCAGAUGGUGUUCUUUGGCCUGGCUGCACUGAAUGACCUCCAGUCCUCGGUGAAAGGCUUGCGUGUGGCCAGGGACCUGCUCUUCUCAAUCUAUGCCUUCCCAGUAGGCAUGUUUGUGGUCAUGUUGUUUUGGUCGAUCUUUGCAUACGACCGGCAACUCGUUUACCCUGCAUCUCUGGACAAUUUCUUCCCUCCCUGGAUAAACCAUGCAAUGCACACCUUUGUGUUACCAAUCCUAAUUGGAGAGAUUUUGCUACAACCUCAUGCCUAUCCAAAGACCAAAACAGGAAUGACGGCAUUAGGUGUUGUAGGGCUUGCCUACUUAAGUUGGGUGAUUUGGGUGUACCUGAGUGUGGGUAUCUGGGUGUAUCCCCUCCUCUCUUUGUUCAGUCCAGCUGGACUGAUAGGCUUCUUCUUUUUCAACAUGACCGUGGUGACUCUGCUUUAUCUGCUGGGGCAGACCCUGAACAGCUGCAUUUGGGGGAAAACGCAGAAGGUCAAGAGGAAAGCAUAGAGAUGGGAUUCCUGGGAUAUUUAUUGACACAUUUGCCACGUGCCGAUACCCCUCCGCAUA